GGCGGGCCCAUGGCGCUGAUGACUUCCUGCCUGUAAUGAUGUACGUCCUCGCUAGAUCCAAUCUGUCCAACCUGCAGCUGGAUGUGGAAUACAUGAUGGAGCUGAUGGACCCAUCAUUAGCACUAGGAGAAGGUUCCUAUUAUCUGACUACCACCUACGGGGCUCUGGAGCACAUUAAGACUUUCGACCAGCAGAGGUCAGCCACACGGCAGCUCAGCAGAGAGGUUCAGGACUCCAUCCACCGCUGGGAGAGACGACGCACACUCAACCAGGAACGCAUGUCCCAAGGAUCUGUUCGGGACUUUCUGACAGUGUGCUGCCCUGAGAUUGGAACCAACCCAAAAACUCUGGGCGUCCUCCCGACCACGACAAUCCAACAGCUGGCUGAACAGUGUGCUGCACGCUUUGAACAAGACUCCUACAUGCUCAGUGUGUAUAUGGAUGAUGCCCACCGGCCCCUGGCCCCUACAGAGUUGGCUGUCAGUGUCAAGAACAGCUGUCAACCUGGAGCCUACUGCUUCGUCUAUCACCCUAUCGACCAACUCAACAACCAGCCCGGCCGCAGCUGCCCCACUGACCCACCCCCAGCUCCUCCGGCAGAAAGCUUUUUCCCAGCUGACAUAGCGGUUGUCGAUACUGUGGAGCCAGAGCCAGAAGAGGAGAGUCUGAUUAGCUUGUAAUUGCUCCAGCAUCACAGUGGCAGCUACUGUAUCACAAUAGUAACAACAUCACUGUGGUGACUGCAUCAACAAAAGAAGAGGGGAACAACAUUUGAAGUGAAGUGUUUAAAUCUCAGGUCUCUCUUGAAAUAUUGAUCGAAUUUAAACUUAACUGAUGUGGAUUUGUGCAUGCAGGAUAUCACAAAAUAUUGUAUGUGAUGAAACGUGUGCCUUGUUUUAAAUUACUUUUAUAUGAGUUUAAGUCUCUGAGUGGUCCGAUGCCACCAAAGGGAGCAGUGACCAACUAAAUGACACAACAAAGAGAUAAAAGACUGAUUUUGUAUUGCACCAUGGGGUCUGGAACUCCAGGGACUGCUGGACGAUAUGUUUUUGUACAAUGUAAAACUACAUGUAAUUCUAACAUGCACAUAUAUGAUAUAUGAUCAUGUUUAUACUGUUUAUACUCUAUGAUACUUAAUUUUACUCUCUCUGGUGCUCAAGACCUCUGCUUCAGACAGAGGUAGAAAGUCCUUUUGUGGCAAUUUCUAUUCAAAGCACAGGUAUAGUAGCAGCUAUAUGGAGAACUUUCAUUUACAUUCAAAAUCUCCAGUAAGCAUCAAAAGGGUUCAUUCCACAUUUGUCUUCUAUAUACUGAUUGUACUGUAAAUAAACUGGCUUUUACAAUUGUCAA